UUAAAUAUUUGGAAAUUUUAGAGUCUUCUCGUUUUUAGGUAAUCCAAAAUUUGUUGUUACCAAUUCGAUUAAAUGGGACGAAAAGGCCACAAGAGCAAGAAGAAAGUCAAAGUGCACUUGAAAGGCCAUCAUCCUGGGAAAACAAAAAUUAGGCCUGUCAAGAAGCCCCGUCGCAUCCAUCCCCGCCCAAGGAUUCUAAAGUCGAAGGUCUUCCACAACAACUGCUGCAAGUACAAGAUCCGCUCGCGACCAAUGAGACUCAAUCAGUGCAAUCUGGCCACCCAGUGCCCCUCUCGCACCAUCCCCCUCGCCGCCUCUGUGCCGCUCCUGGGACAUCCUGUCCGGCGGAAUGUGGUUCGCCUGCCGGAAACCGUGGUCAUGGACAUGCGAAACAUGGAGGACGCCCGUCGAGUGGCAGCCAGUUAUAGAAAUACCCUCAUCCAAGCCCAUGUCCCAGUUCCGGACAUCGAAGAGGAGGGGAGUCCGGAGGCUCUUCACCGAAUAGAUCUGCGGCCACGAGUUGCCUAUAGAAGGGGUCGGGAGAGGACCUUUCCCAGUGACAUGGAUUUGUGCGAGAACUACUUUCAGUGAGGAAAUAUAUUCCACCUAAUAAAUAUUUCUGCG